AUGACGGCGACGACGCUGCGGGAAAUCUCCGCACACAAUCUGCGCACCUUCAAGCAACAUUAUGUCUCUGAAAUCUCCGGGUCGCUGGGGGACCUGGGGACCUUCCUGCCUAUCGCGAUUGCCCUCGCCGUGAAUGGGACUGUGUCGUUGGCCAGCACGUUGAUCUUCUCCGGCUUUUAUAAUAUUCUGACAGGGCUGUUCUUUGGCAUCCCGCUACCCGUCCAACCGAUGAAAGCUAUUGCGGCCGUCGCCAUCGCGCGCAGCUUCUCCAGUGGCUCCAUUGCUGCGGCGGGUAUCUUCGUGGGUGCCUGCAUUCUGGUCUUCAGCCUCACUGGACUGCUGCGCUGGUUCGCCAAUGUGAUCCCGAUCCCUGUUAUUAAGGGUAUCCAGGUGGGCGCGGGCUUGUCGCUGAUUAUCUCUGCCUGCAGUGGCAUUCUCCGUCCGCUGGGCUGGAUCAGCCCCUCAUGGGCCGACAAUCGAAUCUGGGGGAUUGUGGCAUUUGUCGCCCUGAUCGUCACCAACGUAUAUCGAAAGGUCCCCUAUGCACUGGCAUUGUUUGUCCUCGGUCUCGUCUUUGCGAUCAUCCGCGCCGCAGUAGCCCUCCAUUUACCGCAUUUCGAAAUCUGGCAUCCGUGGAUUGUCAUCCCGGGUCCUCAUCAAUGGCGCGUGGGUGCAGUGGACGCAGGAAUUGGCCAGAUUCCACUGACAACUCUGAACUCUAUCGUAGCGGUUGUUCAUCUGGCGAACGACCUCCUGCCAAAUGUUCGAACGCCGUCAAUCACACACAUUGGACUCAGUGUCGCUGGCAUGAAUCUGUUGGGUUGCUGGUUUGGUGCAAUGCCUGUGUGCCAUGGAUCGGGUGGUCUCGCGGCACAAUACCGCUUUGGUGCGCGCUCAGGUGCCAGUGUGAUCUUCUUGGGCGUGCUGAAACUCAUUAUCGGUGUCCUCUUCGGAGAAUCUCUGGUUGAUUUGCUGCAGCGCUUCCCGAUGGCAUUUCUGGGUGUGAUGGUCAUUGCUGCCGGCUUAGAGCUAGUGAGCGUUGGUGAAAGCCUGAAUACUUCUGGUGCGAGAGACCUAGGCCAGCCCGCCAGUGGGAUACUCGGCCAUGCAGAGCAGCACCUAAGUCCCGUCUUGAGCGAUGAAGAGCGCCAUCGUCGCUGGACGGUCAUGAUGGUCACUGUCGGCCUGCUGGUUGGAUUCAAGAAUGAUGCUAUUGGUUUCAUAGCCGGCAUGUUGGUCCAUUGGGCCUAUGAGAUCCCUGGCUGGUGGGGAAAAGCUCGCAGCCGCUGGUCUCAGGGACGUCUCCGUCUGCGCUAG